AGGCAGCACGAGACUGGAGCAGACCAAGGGGGAUGUGUUGGGAGCUUUUCGGGAAACUAUCAAAUAUCCUCCACGAUUACUCUAAAGUGUAUCCAUGUAGUCAGCUGUGGCGCAAACGCCUUUCAUGAUAAUUGUUGUGAUGUGGGAUACCGCUCACUAAUAUAAAAGCACAUCCGGUGGGCUGAUGGGGAAGUUGCACCCUCUGCUACUGCCAUCGCCCACCCUGAGAUGACCCCAGGAUAGGUGGAAAAGUACGAUCCAGGGGAAUUCCAUAUUUGGACCAAAGGAAGCCUGUUGUUCACGUCGGACAAAAUAAAAUAUCCAGAAACUUGUAGUCAGCCCUCACAAUGCUCAUGUUGACGUGCCUGGUGCUGCUAUGGGUGGGAAGCUGCAGUGCUCACAGCCUCUUCACCUGUGAGCCGAUUGAGGUACAUCGGUGCAUGGGGCUGUCCUACAACAUGACUUUUUUUCCCAACAUGAUGGAGCACUACGAUCAGGAUAUUGCAGCCAGUAAAAUGGAGCCGUUCAUGCCCUUGGCAAAUCUUCACUGUUCUCCAAAUGUCCACCACUUCCUGUGCCAAGCCUUUUUCCCAGCAUGCACAGAGCAAAACACAGUGCUUCUCCCAUGUCGAGAGGAGUGUGAGACUGUUCUGUCCGGUUGUCAGGAGGACAUCCGAAUUUUUGGUAUCAUCUGGCCUCCUGAGCUGCAGUGUGACAAACUUGACUCAUGUGGCCUUCUGGGUGGUUUCAAUCUUCCAGCAACAACCCCAAUGAGCUCAACAUCUGCUAAGAGAGACCUGGGCUUUUGGUGUCCACUGCAGUUAAAAACCAAACCCGGCUAUGGUGCAUCAUUCCUGGGUGCUCAAGACUGUGCUCCACCUUGUUCCAAUAUGUAUUUCAAACCCCAUGACAUUGAUUUUGCCAAGAGCUUCAUUGGCGUUUGCUCUAUCAUCUGCUUGGGUGCCACUCUCUUUACCUUCCUUACGUUCCUCAUCGAUGUCAAACGCUUUCGCUACCCCGAGCGACCCAUAAUCUUCUAUGCCGUUUGCUACAGCUUUGUGUCACUCAUAUACUUUAUUGGAUUCCUGCUGGGCAACAAUGCAGCCUGCAGCAAGGCAUCCCAUCCUGCUGGUUUGGAUACGGUUGUAUUAGGCUCUCAGAGCAAAGGCUGCACUCUGCUUUUUAUGUUCCUGUACUUCUUCUCCAUGGCCGGCAUCGUCUGGUGGGUCAUACUCACCAUCACCUGGUUCCUCGCAGCUGGCCCCAAAUGGAGUUGUGAGGCUAUAGAGAAGAAAGCGGUGUGGUUCCACUCUGCUGCCUGGGGGAUCCCUGGUGCGCUAACUGUCAUGCUGCUAGCUCUGAAUAAGGUCGAAGGCGACAACAUUAGCGGGGUUUGCUUCGUAGGACUGUACGAUCUGGACGCCCUACGCUACUUUGUUAUUGCUCCCCUGUGCGUAGGCGUUAUAGUGGGGCUCUUCCUCAUCCUCGCUGGCAUCGUUUCUCUUAAUCAUGUGCGGCAAGUUAUACAGCAUGACGAGCGCAACCAGGAAAAGCUCAAGAAGUUCAUGAUACGCAUAGGUGUGUUCAGCUGCCUCUACUUGGUCCCACUGGUCACCCUGUUAGCAUGCUAUACUUACGAGCAGAGUCACCGCAGCACCUGGGAGAACACAUGGAUCAAUGACCGAUGCCAAGAAUACAGCAUCCCCUGUUCAUACAAGACAAUAGUGCACAAGCGUCCGGACCUCUCCCUGUUCUUGGUCAAGUACUUGAUGACCCUGGUGGUCGGAAUAUCUGCAGUGUUCUGGGUCAGCAGCAAAAAGACCUGCUCUGAGUGGGCCUACUUCUUCAACAGGACUCGAAAAAGAGAUCCAAUCAGCGAGAGCCGCCGGGUGCUCCAGGAGUCCUGCGAGUUCUUCCUCAAGCAUAACAGCCGUGUCCAACACAAGAAGAAGCACUACAAGUCAACCUCCCACAAUCUCAAGGUCAUCUCAAAGUCUAUGGGCACAAGCACCGGCACCGCACCAACCAUUGCUUCCACUGACGGAGCCAAUCCAGGAACCUUGCCUCUGGGAAACCAUGAGCUCCACGCCCAAGGCUCUGCCAGGGCGCACCUGGACAAGGGCACCUCUAGCCGAAGCUCCAGGCACGACGACAAGGAGAGAGAGCGGGAAGGGGGAGAGAGACGUAGCAAAGCGGGGAGCUCCGGGAAGGUCAGCAGCCAUUCUGAGAGUUUGCACAGCAGAGUACCAGAUGCAAGGAUGACUCCAAAGAGUGAGCGAUCAGAGGUCAGACCGGUCCCGGAUCCCGUCACACUGCAGCAUCCAGCUUUAAACAUCCAAGACUCUCAGCAGGUGCCCAAAGUGUCUGAGGAGGGCAAAGACACAAAGGACGGCAAUUGCUGAGACGGUGCUCUACAAAAAUAUUCUAGUACACUGACAGCAGGCUUCACAGUUCUGUCUUUCGACCCUGAUUGUAUCUGUUUAGUUGAGUUGUAGUCACUGAGUGUCCAUAUCUACAAUGUCAUAUUUACCUCUUUUAUUUUUAAGUAGUUUUUUAACAGAAUUUGUGAGGUUUCAUACUUUACCAAGCUUUUACUAGUACAGCUGCAUGCCAACUGCUAUAAAAUGCAUUGAAUAUAAACUAUUGUUUUUUUAAGGGAAGCUCAAUGGAAAUAUUUAUGUGAAUAUUAUAUUAUCUUUAACUGAAUUAGUCACUACACUGGGUAUUUUAGUAUGUGAGGUCAUGAUGUUUCCAAACCGUCAGUAAGAGGAAAGUGUCCUUGUGGUUUUUUAUGUCUUCCUCCAAGAGGGUUUGCCUCCAAACCCCAUCAAACGAUGUGCAUACUCUCUACUUAAAAAAAAAAAAAAAAAACACUUUACAGUAGAAAUGCAGAUCAUGUUAUUGUUGUCUUACAAUGUUUUCUUAAGCAGUGUAAUUUUUGGUUCUUUUUCUUGUCAUUCUGUUGUAUCUUUCUGUAAUGUCGGUUGGUCCUGUGGAUUAUUAUUUUAAGUCACUGCACAAAUGUGUCUUUAAUUUGUGUUCAAAUGUAAACCAACGUAUGUUUCACAUGUGGAGUGGAGUGAUGUCAGUGAUGUCAGUGUUGGCAUCAGACUUGUAAAAUCAUCCUUUGGAAACAAAGGACAACUACUGUAGUCAUCUAUACUGUAGGAGCAGUAAAAGCCAAUUUGGAUAAAUUUUAGGGAUUAUUUAUAAAAGAAAUGUAUCGUUACUUCAAGAACUUCCAAACUACUGUACUACUUUGUUGAUCCCAUCCUCUGUAUUUUCAUUAGUUGGCAUUUGGCACGUUUCCUGUGUGAAUAAUUCACUUAUAGUGUUGUUACUUUUUAAGUGAGGACCAUCAUAGGGUGGCCAGUUAAAACAAGGAGGCAUUGUCUGUCUUAAAAGAUGCUGGCAGCAGCCUAUAGCUUUUUACUCUGUUGUAGCUUUUAUACUUAUUUUGAUAAAUAAAUGUUGCAUUGUAUUUAAAA